AUGGAUAUCGGAGAAAAGUGGGCAUGUGCAGAUUUGGAAACACUUCACAUCAGGAUUCAUAGUCUUGAUACCGAAGAGAAGAUCGACCGUACGAUUCAGCUGUGGAAGGAUAGAGCGCUCAAGUCUAAUAGAUCGCCAGGGCACAUUGACACGGCUUUCCAACACGAUAAUUCGAUCGAGGCGCAAGUGGCGCAAUAUCUGCUGAGAUACAAAAAGCUGCACAGAGUCUGGCUUGGUUACAGGGUCUACAAGGACUGGAUGGUCGACUUCACCUAUCCAAUAUGGGAUACCAUUGACUUUGCAACCGAUACAAAGCUGCAGGAUUUUGGUCAGGAUGUUCCUGAGAAGUAUGGACAUCAUAUCCGUAUUGUCAAGAAUCUGAAGGAACAACCGCAUCUGAAUACCAUCCUCAGGUCCAAGGCUUCUAAAUUGAAGCAGCUUGCUACGAUCAUGCAAGGCAUACCAAGCUUUCAAGCAUAUCUCUACGACAUUAUCUACCAAAUCGCCAGAUUUUGACCUCCUAACCAUAACCAUUUCCUGUACAUCGAGUCCAUCAAUGUUUUUCUCGGCCUACUCACUGACCUCUAAUGGUGUUGCAGUAGAUUAAAGUAAAUCAUAU